GGAAUCAAUAAGUCCAAAGAUCAUAAUUCCAGGACUACAAUCCUGGGAUAACUUAGUCAGCGAACCAAAGACCCCUUAGGUUAUUUCCAAAGUAUUUUGCUGAUUAAUUGCUUUCUUGGUUUAAAGCAUACAAACAGAUCUGCGGGAAAAAGAUGGCUCAUGCUGUUGUAACUUCACUUAUGACUACUCUGGAGCAAGUCUUGCAAUUCAAUCCAACUUUGAUUUCUGAAAACAGAGGACCUGUUGAUUCUCUUUAUGGAAAACUUUCAUUCUUGCAAGCUUUCCUUGAGGAUAUGGGAAAUCAGAUCAAUGAUCAAGAAGCUUUGACCGUUUUGGAGAAAAAGAUUAGAGAUGCAGUGUUUAAGGCAGAAGAUAAUGUUGAUUUGUGUCUAAGAAGAAUACGUACUGAUAACAAUCAAGACGCUGCCCGUCAUAAGCUUUAUGACGAAUUGCAGCAAAUAAUAACAAUAAUGGAUUCCAUACAAGAAGAAGUGAUGAAGUUAAAAAAUGAUCAUCAACAUGUCAUAGAUCAACCACCAACAGUUGCUCUACCUCUCCGCUCAUCCGGGCCUGUGUUGGAUGAGGAAAAUACUCUUGUUGGGAUGGAGGAUGACUUCAACAUCAUAAGAGAUCAACUGACUCGUCAUGAACGGGGGCUGAACGUUGUCUCAAUUGUCGGUAUGGGAGGUAUUGGUAAGACAACUCUCGCCAUAACACUUUUCAAUGAUACAUCAGUAUUCUGCCACUUUGAUGUUUCUUCAUGGGUUACUGUUUCACAAAAUUAUAAUACAAGAGAAAUGCUUUUAGACAUUUUAAGUUUUCGUAAUCCAGGUACAAAGGCGAUGUAUAGAGAUAUGAGUGAUGACCAACUGUUAGAGCAAGUAUAUAGAAAAUUAAAACGCAAGAGAUAUCUGAUAGUUUUGGACGAUAUAUGGUGUAUAGAGCCUUUUGACCUAGUUAAGAGAUCAUUUCCCGAUGAUGAAAAUGGAAGUCGAAUAAUGAUAACUACCAGGCUCUCAGAAGUAGCUGAUUGUGCUAGUAAUGGUUGCCUUCUUUAUCACAUGCCUUUUCUUAAUUGUCAAAGUAGUUGGAAUUUACUGUCUGAUAAGGUAUUUGGAAAGGAAGAUUGUCCUACUCAAUUGGAGGAAAUCGGUAAGCAGAUAGCUAAACAAUGUCAAGGAUUACCUCUCUCGGUUGUUGUCAUUGCUGGGAUCCUUUCUAAUAUCAAUAGGACAUAUGAUGAUUGGAAAAAAGUUGCAGAAGAUGUGAACACCCAUGUAGGUUCAAUCUCUGAGCAGUGUUUAACAAUAUUGGCUUUGAGUUACCACUAUUUGCCCUGUAACUUAAAAGCUUGCUUUCUUUACUUGGGCAUUUUCCUCGAAAAUGCAGAAAUACCUGUCGAUAAAUUGAUUAGAAUUUGGGUUGCUGAGGGUUUCCUGAAGACAAUUAUUCAUAAAAAGUCAGAAGAAGUUGCAGAAGAGUGUUUAGAAGGUCUAGUUGGAAGAAGUUUGAUAAUGGUUAGUAGAAGACGGGCAAGUGGAAAAAUCAAAACAUGCAGAAUUCAUGACCUCCUUCGGCUAUUAUGCUUGAGAGAAGGAAAAGCUGAGAAAUUUUUUCAUGUCAUAAGUAAAUAUUUCGAAGUUCCUCCAGAAAAGAUGGAGAUUCAACGCCGAAUAUGUUUGCAUCCAGAUGCUUUAGAAAACUGGUAUCUUGGCAUGGAGAAAGGUAAUUUGGGGUCAGUGCGUAGCAUGUUGUACCUGCGUGAAUCUCAUACUUUCAAAUUUGACUACCAGUGCUACAAUAUAGUGAAUUCUCAUUUUCAAAUGUUAAGGGUAUUGGAUGUAGAAAGUAUUCCCUUUUCAAAUUUUCCAAGUGCAAUACCACAACUAGUACACUUGAGAUAUGUUACUUGUACCACUGGUACCGAAGUUCCUGCAUCAAUAUCCAAUCUAUGGAAUCUACAAACGUUCAUUGUUCAUCCAUUCGUAUCUCAACUCUCCUUGCCGUUGGAAAUUUGGAACAUGUCAAGUUUGCGGCAUUUCUAUCCUAGGGGAAUGUAUAUGCCUCUUCCUCCAAAAGAACAGAAUUUCUCGGGUUUAGAAAACUUGGAAACACUGGAUUCAAUAUCUGUUGCUAAUUCCGAUUGGAAGGAGAUUUUCGCAGCAAUCCCUAAAGUAAAGAAGUUAGUUGUUUGCUUACAUCCAGGGCGUAAUAUAAUGUCUAAACUUUUUAACAGUCUCAUCUCUCUAGUUGAUCUCCAGAAGCUAAGAAUUCAUCUAGAUAUCUCACCUUACGAAAAUUUUUCUGUAAGGCUGCCAACUCCGUUGUGGGACGUAUUCCCGACAUUCUUGAAGAGUUUGACACUGGUUGGAACGCGUUUAGUAUGGGAGGAUAUGACUACGCUUGGUAAAUUGCCCAAUCUUGAGGUGCUCAGAUUAAAAUGUUUUGCUUUCCAGGGGAGAAAUUGGAAUCUAAAUGAAGGGGGUUUCGGGAAACUGAAGUUGCUACAGAUUAACAGAACAAAUUUGGUGCACUGGGAAGCAAGCAGUGAUAGUCUUCCUAGACUUGAAUUUCUAAUCCUAAGGUAUUGCUGUGCGUUGGAGGAGAUUCCUAUAGAGAUUGGAGACGUUCCCACAUUAAAACUAAUUGAGUUGCAUGAUUGUAGCAAAGCCGCUGCCACUUCUGCAGAGGAAAUUCUACAAGAACAACAAAGUUUGGGAAAUGAAGUACUUGUGGUCCGUUCCUACAACACGGGAGAGUAAAAUCGUUGCAAAGAUGAGGGCAGAAGUAAUUAACUUGAAGCAUACAUAUGAGGACUAAUAGGACAGCCAUAGAUGCAUUGAAGAUGAAGAGCUAAUGUAUCUUCGUUGGGCCGCUGCAAGCUUUAGCUAUGAACUUCAGAGUGCUCAAGCACCUCAAGCAGAGAUAUUAGAUCGUGAUCUCAGUAAAAGUCUUAGCACAAGAUCCGAAGAGAAGCAAGAUAGUUGAAAGCAGCAACAACAACAACAUACCAGUGAGAUCUUG